CCUGAAGCGAUUAUCGGCUCCGUCCCAUUUUCUCUCAAUCGUUAUAUCAGCACAUGCGCUUGUUUUCCGCGACUCGCAAUUUCCUCGUAGCAGUCAAGGCAAAAAUGCCGUCAAAUCUGUGAAAAUGUGUGAAAAAAGCCGCAGUUUCCUCGUCUAGACCAAAUUCUCGACAAAAAUAUCAGCGUAAAUUUCAUUUCAUUUCAUUUCUUUCGUGGAUUUUCUCAAUUCUAACAGAUGCCGGAAAGCUUGCUAUUACCCGCGAGUUACAUCGUGAUGGCGGAAGCCGAACCCGACCUAAGCACUUUUGAGAACAAGACGGGCCUGGCCGAAGACAUGAAGUUUCUGGCUUCAAUGCCGGAGUUGUGCGACGUCACCUUCCUCGUAGGGGACACCAGGGAGCCGGUCUGCGCCGUCAAGGCGGUCUUAGCGGCCAGGUCCAGGGUCUUCCACAAGAUGCUCUACCAGGCCCCAAGCCCCCAGCGCAAGAAGGAGCCUCCCCCACGCGAGAACAAACUCCGACUUUUCCUCAAACGGUCGUCUGAGCCGCUCCUCAACCUCCAAAACGCCUCACAACAGAGAGGGUUCACCCAGCAGCUGGCCCCUAUCCAAGAGCCGCCAUCACAGCAGCACCAAACCCUUAUUAUUGAAGAAUUCGAGCCGGAUGUUUUCAGACAGUUGAUUGAGUAUAUCCAUACUGGGUGUGUGACCCUUCAGCCUCGCACACUACUGGGUGUGAUGAAUGCGGCUGAUUAUUAUGGUCUAGACGAACUACGAAGAGCUUGUGCAGGUUUCGUCCAAUGUUGCAUAAAUGUGGAUACAGUUUGUGCCCUUUUGGCCUCAGCUGAACGUUACAUUCAAUACAAAUGUACCAAAUCUCUGGUUCAAAAAGUUUUAGAAUUUGUGGAUGAACACGGCAACGAGGUUCUCAAUUUGGGUUCAUUUACUCUUCUACCCCAACAUGUGGUCAGACUGAUUUUGGCUAGAGAUGAACUUCAUGCUGACGAAUUUACAAAGUUUCAAGCGGCACUUAUGUGGGGUAAAAAAUAUUGUGAUAAUAACCCCAGUACUAGCCUCAAGGACGUGAUAGGUAACUUCUUAGAGUACAUUCAGUUCCAUAAGAUACCUGCAAAUGUCCUAAUGAGGGAGAUUCACCCCUUAGGCUUGGUGCCCUACAACAUUAUAAUGAAUGCGCUAGCAUAUCAGGUGCAGUACCCAAAAUUUAGGUUUUUAUGCGGCAUAUGCAGCUUUAUCGGAUUAUUUACUUAUUUCGUUUCACUUGUUGCAUUGGUGGGAUCUAAUUGUUUGCACCAUUUGCCAAUUUGCACAGCAGACCCGGCAAGUGUCGACCCCGGAAAACUGUCACCCAACCGAGUAAGACGGCAAGCACAAGGCCGUUCCAUGUCGGUGCAGAGCUCCCUGGACCCCUACGGCUCCAACACCACUUUGAGCAGCAGCGGAUCCAGCGAGCUGGCUUCUUCAGACGGCAAGCAUUCUUCCAACUAACAUACGGCCACUGUCGCGCCGCAACCUCCACAACCGCCCCCUCCGCCCAGGUCACCCUCUCCCUCCCCCCAUCACUACCCCCAUCCUCCCACGGUGACGGUGUCGUCGUCGUCGCCCUCCUCCACGCCGCAAUCCUCCCCCGCACACACCUUCACCUUCACCAUCGUGCUCAAGAAGGUCACCCCCAAGGAGUGAGCCAAACGAUCUCUUGCUAAUCUUAUUGGCAAUAUUAACGUUCAUUUAAUCUUGUGAUAUUUCGUCGGUUUUUGACAAUCCUCGAUGCACACAGCAUGUCGAUAUUAUUGUUAAAUUUAUCCAUAUCAAAUGUUUGUUGGUUAUUUUCGAGUAACGUCUUACCUCUCAUACCUUUGGUCAAAAACUUACCACCUAGAAUACCUAAACAUCCUAGUGUUGAGGCGCAACAGUGGCUUGAACUUUUCUGUUACUUAGUUUUUUCAUUUACAAUUAUUUAUAAGGAGCUUAUAUGUGUCCAAAAAGAUGUUGUAUUGUAAUAUUUACCGGUAAAACACAUUCAGAAGCAAUUUUUUUGCAAAAAUAAUAAAAGCGACAGUUGAAAAGCAAUGUAACUUUCAUGCAAUAUUUAUUUUAUUAUUGUUAUUCAAACUAUAUUUAUGGUGGUUGUUUAAGUCAUUUUAGGUUUAUAUUUAAGAUAUCUUAUGGAUUGUGUGAUGAAUUUCGUGUGUAAUUAAAUAGUGGAGGCUUCAAAUAAAAAUUAAAUAAUUUCAUUUGAUUCAUCCAUUGUUUAAUGUUUUUGUGUGUAGGUAGUUUAUAUAACAUUUGAAAUUUGUUUGCAAAAUUUUAUCAAUUUUAUCAAUCUCAUUCAGAAAAAUAUGGCAGAUUUCAAUCUUAUUUUUUAUCUAUAAUUUGAUUAAACACUCUUAGAUGUUGGUUAUAAAUUGGAUGUUAAUAAUAGAAGAUAAAAAAAUGUAUUGCAUGUUAAAAAAUAAAACAGAUUGGAAAGAUAUCUUUCAAGUCGUUAAAACGUUUUGACCAAAUAAACAAGUGUAUAUGUGGGCUAAGAUGUUAUAAAUAAAUUUAUUUACUUAAAA